UCUUCCCAAUAUUAAUUCUACAGGGUAGCCUACCUUGGUACCUUUGAACCCAAAACUUGAGCCUAAUGGAUCCUACACAAAUGAAGAAGAUUCAAGCCAUGAACAGGUACAAGAAGCGCCAAUUUCUGGAUAAUUUGUAUUUCUAUUUCUUGAGUGCCCUAACUUGCAGUGUGUUCUGUUGUGUCACUCUCUGCUUUCCCUAUCUAUGUUCUCUUCUCCGGGUCUUUUUCAUGGUGCACAUCUCAAGUUUAAUACCACUCUUAUUGAGCUCAAAGCUCUUAUUUAUCAUAGGCAACCUCAUAAUUUUCUUCCUUCUAGUAAACUCCAGAAUCCUUUCCUCGGAUUCCUCUUCAAGUACUUGUGUUGUUUACUAUGAUGAGUACAUUCAGAGCUGUCAAACUAUGAAACCUCAGAUUCCAAGCCCUGAGGUCAACGAGAGUAAAACAUUAUUGGAGAAACAUGUUGGGGAAAAUGAGGACGUGAACAGUGUGGACUUUAAGGGCAAAUGGGGGAUUGAGAAAGCUACAGAAGAAUCCAAAGAGGAGGAGAAUCUAGAUGGAGGAUAUAAACAAAGUUUGAUUCCUUCUUCUUCUUAUGAAUUGAACAAAAGGGCUGAUGAUUUCGUUGCAAGAGUCAAUAGGCAAAGGAGGCUUGAACUUAGCCUUCUGCAUUAUGAUAGUUACUAAGGAGCUCUGCAGUGUAGGAAAAAUCUUUUGUUCUCAAGUAUAUUAUUUUCAUCAGAAAUUAUUUGAGAAGUUUUAUAUUUAUUGAAAUCCCUAAUAAACAGUAUAUUUACAGCUAA